GCUGGAUAUAUUACGGAAAGAUUCAGUGGUCUGUUGGCACGUCAGUCUCUAGUUGAUGUCACAUUGAUCUGCGAUGAACAAAAACUACGUGUUCAUAAGCUGGUUUUAGCUUCCAAUAGUGUAUAUUUUGAGAUCUGCUGAUGACUGAGCAGUAUCAUUAAGAUUUUGUUGAAUGAACUUUAAGGAUCUUUUAUUCUUUAUUAUAAUUGUUUUUUAUUAAUUAUCUAUAGAAUUAUUUAUUGAUAAAGGGAAUUUUUUAUUUAUUUGUGUUCGGUGAAGCAAGGUAAUGAUAACUUGACGUUAUACUUUUAUAAUCACAUUUAUUGUCCUAAAAUUUAAUGAGCAGAUAUAAUUUAUUAUCAUGUAUAUUUUGUAUAUAUCUAUAUUUUUUAAAAAUGUAAAAGUCCAGAAAAAUAUCAGAAACUCCAGAAAGUUAAUAUCCCUUCGAUAUUUAAAUUAUGUAAAAUUGUUUACAUAUAUGUUAUACAAGUUAUACAGUAUAACAAGUUAUACAGUAUGCGUUGUUUUAAGGGAUCCUAAUAAUGCGUAUCAAGAGAGAAAACUGUAUUUGAUGUUUAUAGAAGAGGAUGAUAAUUAUCACUAAAACCUGAUAACAUGCAUACACAGAGAGUAAUGUUACUAAUUUUACCAGCAAAAUAUUACUGAAUUUGCACUCGCAAUUCUUUUCACCUGUUUAACGGAUAAUAUAAGAUUCGUAUAAACUAAAGAAAGCCUUGCGUAUUCGGAAUUUCGUUAGUUCUUUACAAACAUUCGAAGAAACCAAGUUCGAAGGGCAUACUUUAUACAGUUUUCGAAACGACAGCCGUUCUUUAGAAAGGAAAUACUACAACAAGAUUUGGGGCAAGAGCCGAUUAUACUUUUAAAAGAUUUGGACUUUGAAAUUCUGAAGGCCAUGGUUGAAUUCAUGUAUUGCGGAGAAACUACGGUGUCUCAUCAAUAUUUGUCAUCCUUGCUGGAUGCAGCGAAAAUUUUCAAGGUGAAAGAAUUGGUAUCCGUGAUCGAUACAAUCGUUGGCACGAAAAAGAUCCUAGACAACUUCGAGACUUGCUUGAAACAACAGACGGGAGACUGCAAUUUAAAAGUUACGAACAGUUCGCUCACGGAGAACGAUUACGUCCGUGUCAGAUGUGAUAAGCUGAGCAUGGAGAACGCAUCGCUCUGCGCCGAUAGCAAUAACGAUGCAUGCUCAACUAAGAGUCAGUCUUUGGAGUCUUUGGACACCGAGCACGAUUCCGAGCACACGUUGUACGACGAGUCAGACAUUAUCGAUCCCGACAGCGGGAAAUCUACGGAAACGUUGUCACUGUUUACGAUGCCCGAUGUAAAUAUUAACUGGCACAGUGAUAUCAUUAGUUCCGUGUCUACGCACGGUAAUGUAAACGAAGUACAAAUGAUGGGAUGCACACACGGCAAUGGAGACGAAACUUCUUGCAAUAAUAGUCACGACUUAAAACCUAUGCUGUACGAACAAUGCUGUGAUCUUUCCGAGGUAAGCGAACAUGAUCAAACUUCCUACUCUGCCUCCUCCUCCUGCUCAACGACGACGACGACGACGACGCCGGUAUCGCAAUCUUGCCUUUCGCGAGUCGACGACGAUCUCGAGCAAUGUUUUGACAGGAAUGUUCCUCUUAGCAAAGUAGGUAAAUGCGUCAAGGUUUACACGCACAAGCGACGCAAGUCCGUGGACGAGAUACGGAACAAGCUUGUACAUACGCAAUGCAAUCUAGUGCCAACCCCGCCGCCGUCUACGGACUCAAUAGAUCUAUUAGACGAACCGUCCACUAACAAUAUACCGGUUACUCUGUUAACGUCCUUGGAUAUGGAGAGCGAUGAGUAUAUCUUGAGCUUAAGCACAGAGAGUAUUCAGUCUAUUGUAGGUAGUACCAUAAGCGACCAGCAUACGGUGAUCGGUUGUAAGAAAUCGAAUGCGAGAUCGGAUAAUGCCGAGAAGGAGCGAUUGAGUCCGAGCGACGCGGAUUACGCGAAGCCGGUUCUGAGACGGAGUACUCGAUUGAACCAACAGGAGAGCGACGAGACCGCGAGCAACGGCGGCGGGAUACCUACUACGGCAAGUAUCGCAGGAUGCGAGAAACCGUUCAAGAAAGGCAACUCUCCCAAUCGAACGGAAUUGUAUGCGAAAGCGAAACGCAAAGGAAGAGAGGAUCGGAAAGUACUGGACCACUACGGUGCCAUUAGUGUCGAUACGACGCUUCAGUCCGCUAUCAAAAAGAGCUUGAAGAGCAAGAAAAGCAACUCGAAACUAAUGGUGAGAAAGAGUAGCAAGUCCGCGUGCGCGAUGAGCACAUUGAACGCAGGUAAAGAGAAGGAAGAGUCGAAGCCGAAGGCGACCACGACGACGACGACAACGACGACGAUCAGUGGAAUCAGAAACGAGAGUACGGAUGCACGGGUGAUUUCGGAUCGAAGGUCCGUGUCUCCCAUGAAAUUGGACACGAUCAGCGGCAUCGAUCGCGCUCUCUGGGGCGACAAUUCUGACAGGUUAACCGAGGAGGAAAGCGAGACGAAUUCGCUCGUGUUUUCGCCCAACAACGCGAUCCCCUUCGCCGUCGGCCUGCUGCCGUUACGCACUGCGUUGGAAAAGAUGCAGGCGACACCGGAUUAUCAGCCACGUAAGACCCGAUCAUCGUUCGCCCCGUCGCGGCAAGAAAGUGUGUUGAAGCGAAAGGCGAACUGCGUGUUCUCAGACGUUGUGAAGAAGCAAGGCGUUGGCAAUAACGCUGAGAGUCCGAAGACUGUAUGCCAUAUACAGAUUAAAGCCGCGCCGUCGCAGGACGUGAAGAAUCGCAAGUCUCGAUUAUUCACUGCCGGCGACGGACGUCGCGAGCAAGCAAUAACGCAGGUUAGUUAGGAUAGAUUUGCAAUGGAAUAUUCAUUGAUAUUCGACGCGAGACGCCGUACGGAAGCUCGCAGCUUCCGUCGCAAUUAACUCAACAAAAUUUCUUGCGAGAGAUCCUAAACAGUCUCUUGAGUUUGCUUUUAUAAGUGGUAGAGAAGAAGAAAGAGAAAAGUGUGAGAACUCAAGAUUGAUAAUUGAUUUCUUUCGUCAUAUACAGAGUAUACGUUAUUGUGUGUAACAUUUGAAUAUCGUCUGUACGUUUAAGCGUUGAGAAAUGAUCUCCACCAUAGAUCAAUGGUGCAUAUUUACAUUUUUUUUGUACAAUUACACAGAAAGAAAAUUCUUUUCCGUGCGGUUGUCUUUCGUCAUCUCAUAUAUAUGUGUGUGUAUAUAUUAUUACGUAAUAUAUUUCGCGACAAAUUAUUACCGUGUGUUUCUCUUAACUCAUACAUAAGUUUAUUUUUUGUAAGUUAUUGAUUUAACUGUAGUUUAGCUUGAAAUAUUAUAUUGAAUUUACAAUUGUAUAGAUGUAAGUAGAUAGAGGAGAUAAUAUUGUGAAUCAACAAAGUUUAAGGGAAACAUUUUUUUUUCCUUUGUUUUUUCUUUUUCUUUCGUGUUCGUUUUAGGAACUUCGCGAACGUGAUUGAAUGAUGCCCAUUUUGCGUGAUUAUGCUUUAUCAAAUUAACCCAUUACGCUGAUCGUUAUUAGUUGAAAGUGAUCGUAUUUGAAUAUGUGAGAAUGAAUAUUGUAUAGCGAUUGCUGAAAAAGAUGUAUAUUCGGAAUUAAUUUUAAGCACUGUAAAGUAGUACGCGCAAUAGAGAGAAAGAAAAAUAAGAGUAACGAUAAUGUUAUAUUUUUAUAAAUUUUCGUUUUUUAAUUAUAAUAUAUAUAUAUAUAUAUAUAUAUAUAU